CUCCUGGGUCCAUGUACAAGCUACUUUAGUACCAUCUGCACCUCCUGCGACUUUUCCGCUGCACACUUCUUUGCUUCUGAAACCCACUCCAAGGGUUUCUCAAAAUAACUCGUCGUUGUUGAGCGCUUUCAGGCGCGCGCCGAGGCUACGAUUUUACAUAGCCACCCGUCCAUUGCUUAGUACACACCGAAACUACAGGACUACGCAGCCCAACCACGCCGCGGCUGGACACUUCAUACAUUAGGCAUCAGCGACUUGACUCGAUCGCGCAAAAACUCCGGGACAAUCUAGUCACGCCCUGCAACGGCAGGGUUGAGAACAGGCUCGCAAACUACUCCACACAGUCGCGCCUGGCGCGCCGGACAUUCAAGCAACAUGGCAAAUAGCGGAGUACGGCGGAAGGACACAACGAAGGGCCCACCGCUACGCAUUCUAUCGCUAGAUGGCGGGGGCGUGCGGGGCUACUCGAUGCUCAUCAUCCUCCAAGAACUCAUGCACCGAGCAUUCGUCGAGACUGAAGGCAGAGCACCAAAACGACACGAAGUACCGAAGCCAUGCGAUCACUUCGACCUAAUCGCGGGCACGGGCACCGGAGGCCUGAUCGCCAUAAUGCUGGGACGGCUGAGGAUGGAUGUGGAGACAUGCAAAGAUGUAUACGUGCGCAUGACGAGGAGAGUUUUUGAGACGGACAAGACGUUUGCUGGUAUACCCUACCGAUCGACCUUGUUCAAGGCGUCCAAGCUGGAGGAGGCUAUCAUGGAAUGCGUGCGCGAGCAUACUAUAUACGAUGACGAGGGGAACGACAACCAUGACGGGUUGUCAUCCUCAGCAGACCUUCGCACACCUAUGACGCCUGGAAGCGCUAUGCAAGGUCGCAUGCAAAGGAGCGCGAGCAACGCCAGCAGAUAUAGCCAGAUCGGUUCAACACCAGUGAGCAUGCGAAUGGCUGCGAUGAAGUGGGGCAACCCUCAUGCUUUACUUUACGAUAACCGCGAGGAGCGCACUAAGACCGCCGUCACGGCUGUCUAUAAAGGCACAAAAAAGUCUGGCUCUGGCCAAAUCUUUCUCCGCUCCUACGACUCGCGCAAAGAACCCCCAGUUGAACCCAGUGCGACCAUCUGGCAAGCUGGACGAGCGACAGCCGCCACACAACUAGCCUUCAAACCUAUUCAGAUUGGUCAAUCUGUUUUCCUCGACGAAGGUUCCGGCAAAUACAAUCCUGCUCCUAUGGCGCUCGAGGAGGCCGUCUGCAACGAGUGGCCCGGACGUGAUGUCGGCGUCUUUCUCAGUAUUGGUACCGGAAAGCGACCCGAAGGGACUAACAACCAACAACAUCUUUGGUGGGAGGGUUUUGUGUCAGGCGGCAUAGGCGAUUUCGCAGAAGCCAGACGCAGGCUGAUACAGAAGAUCGAAGACUGUGAGAAAACGCACAAGGAAAUGAAGGACCACCUGGCAAAACGCCAUGUCAACCCCGAGAACUACUAUCGCCUCAACGUCACCGUCGGAGUUGGAGAGUUUGGCAUGAACGAGUGGAAUGCUUUAGCUGAUAUCAGCACCAGCACGCGCAUGUACCUGGCAGAAAAAUCCGUGCAGAGCAUGACGCUCGAUUCAGCGGCAAAGAUUGCACGGAUACACUUUGCGAAAGUAAGAUGGGAACGAGCACAAAGGGGAGAUUCGCCGUAUGCUGGCCUCCAGGCCCCGCAUAAGCCUCUUUCUACCGUCCCAGACCCAUCGCCUCUCGCCGUUGAGUUACCAGCAGAGGAAUUAGCACCAGAGUACUACUCGACUAUUCAUCCCGCCUAUCGCCCUCCCCCGACUCAGCGCCAGCCUUCCGAAAACGACAAAUACCUAGUAGUCUCCUCGGACGAGUACCCUCAGUCAGUGAACGAUCUUCCACCCCGUCAUUCUGGUGAACUUGUGUCUCCAGGACGUCGCUCUGACGAGCAAUUUUCAUCAGGACGGCCGGAUUCGAUGCAUAGCUCUGCCCGCCUGAGUUUCGAAGACCGAUUGCAGAAUGGACCCCCAAGGCCUCCCAAGACACCAUUGCAAGAUGGAACAAGGCCACCAGGUUCAUCAGGAUCCCCUCGCCUAUCGCCACCUGCUGGCUCGGCAUUUUCGCGGCCACCGCCAGGUGCACCGUUACCAUACCCAGAUACGGAUGGGCCACCACCUGUGGUAAAUAAGGCAACAAAGCCGGAAUAUACACGGUAAGCCACGACAUACCAGGGUGUAUCAACGAAGUUCCGCAUACCCAACGAGGCCAGGAGCCACGAUUUCUUGCAUAUUUAUAAGCCUGGAUUUUGAAUUGGAUUUUUCCCGGGGGACACUUGUCACUGUCACGAUCAGGUUAUAACGGCCAUAUAUAAGAGUGUGGGUGUGAAGUGAUGAAGGUUUGAAGUCGAGAUAGCUUAGAUACCCUUUCAAUUUCCUUCUUCGUCAAUCAAACGAGCUUUUCCAUGUCCUC